UGCAUGCAGUUCAGAAAGAUUUAGCAGGUGGGGAAGAGGAAGGGGGAGACAGCAGUUCUUCGGCCUGACAGCCAGGGACAACUGGCCGCCACUACCAUCAUUACGGCUGCUGCUCUUCAGAGGGAAAGAAGCUGAGCAGCAGAAAAAGACUGGGAGAGCCAUGGCCCAACAAGAAGAAGAUGAAGAGGUCACCCUGGGGAAGAUGGACUCCCGGGACCCCCUCACCAAAGAGAUCGAUUUGGUGGAAAGAGACCCCAAACAGAUCAACCAAGACGUGGUCAAGGUGGACUUUGAAGAUGUGAUUGCUGAACCAGAGGGAACCCACAGCUUUGACGGGGUGUGGAAGGCCAGCAACACUACCUUUACAGUCAGCAAGUACUGGUGUUACCGGAUUCUGUCAGGGGCGCUGGGCGUGCCCCUCGCCUUGCUCUGGGGCUUCCUCUUUGCCUGCGUCUCAUUCUGCCAUAUCUGGGGGGCCAUGCCUUGCAUCAAGAGCUACCUCAUUGAGAUCCAGUGCUGCGGGCGCUGCUACGCCUUGUGCAUACGUACCUUCUGCGACCCCCUCUUUGAAGCGGUGGGAAAGAUCUGCAGUGACGUCCGAGUGGCCCUGCGCAAGGAGCGUGCCAAGGACUGAGGCUCCGUUUUGGACCAGGACAGGACUCUAGCAUUAUCUUCCUUUCCUUCUCUUUCCUUGUUGGGAUAGGAUCCCUGCCUGAGUCCUUGUUCUUUGAAGCUACACUUGAAGGUGGGAGCUCUCUGGCUGGUAGACAUAAGCCGUUCACUCCCUGUCGUCAUAAAUUACUCUCUUUUGAUAGUCUGGUGGCCUAAACUCCACAACCCAAACAAUAGCCCCAACAGGCAACAGAAUCUGGUGGAGAUUCUCUUUUAUACUCUCUCCUGAAAUAAGCGGGAGUUGUGCAACUGUGCAGUAGCACUAUGACAAGAUCUCCUGCUCAUUUCAUGGGGUCAUUUCAGUAGGAUCUGCCCCUCUAGGUGGGUCUCCCAUCCUACUAUUCCAAAUGGUGCUUACCAUCUCUUUCCUGAGGCAACCAUUUCAUAGAACUGCUGUUUACAGAACGAAGGCACUGUGUCUGAUCAUGUAACUGCCUCACUAUUUACCCAACAUUCUUUCCUCUCACCUACAGCUGCCACCUAGGAGCAAGGUUUUCUCCACCUCACCAUACCACUGGAACACCAUCUUUGCAAAGCAAGGCUUGCACAGCAAGGAUAGACAAUCAGUGCUACACUUUCCCAGUAGGGGGAGAAUAUAGCAUUGCUAUGGCAACUGCAUCCAUACUAAAUAUUCAGCUGCGGGGAAAUGCUGUGUGCAAGCACAAGGUUUUUCUCUUUCUCUCUUUCAACCAGAGCAGACAGCCCCUGCUCCCUCUUAGGAGGCAAGGAGUUGGUAUGCCCUGGUGGCUUUACUCCAGCUGGCCAAGUGAAAAGGGCAAAUCACAAGGCCUCGGAUCACAUAUAUGAUUUGGGGUGUGAUUCCCAAUGGGCCUGGGACUCGAUCAUAUUUUAACGAGUUCAACAACUUCAAAAUAAACCCCAUCAUUAGGCAGUAUGCCAGUAUAUGAUUUAAACAAAUUGGCUCAAAUACCAUAUAUACUCGUGUAUAAGUCGACCUCAUAUAUAAGUCGAGGGCAGGUUUUGGGGGCAAAAUCAUGCAUUUUGAUAUGACCCAUAUGAUACAUCGAGGGUCAAACCCAGGGGCAUAUAACAAAGGAUUUAAACAGAGGGGGGGAAACACCACUCCCUCCUUUUCCCUCUCUGGACCUCUCCCAAAGGUCACAGUCUGGGCAUUUGGACACAAACCUCCAAUUUUCCUCCCUUCCCCACAACCUUCUCCAAGGCUGAUGGCUUGCAAAAAGGGGGACAGAGACCUCUGAUUUCUCUCCCUUUCCCACAACUUUCCUUGAGGUUGAUGGCUUACAGAAAAGGGGGACACAGACUUCUGAUUUCCCUCCUUUUCCCACAACUUUCCCCAAGGCUGCUGGCUUGCAAAAGGGGGAUACAGACCUCCGAUUUCUUUCCUCCUUCCCUUCUCCACAGCUUUCCCAAGGCUGAUGGAGAUGUAUUACCAUAUUGACCUGUAUAUAUGUCUACCUAGGAUUUUGGAGCCCCUUUUUGGGCUUAAGUUUUUUGACUUAUAGAUGAAUAUGUAUGGCAAGUAAACCUUUUGUUGUUGCUUCUGUUCUUCCAAGGGACACCAGUCUUUAUUCUGAGAGUCAUCAGCAACUUGCAUUUUUAAGUUCAAGUUCAGCAAUCCAGCCAUUGGCUUUACUUCCUGCUUUGAACUGAACAAUCACCAUUUAAAAUAAAAACAGAACUGCACUGUAUGAAAAUAAAGGGCAAGCAAUC